UACACCUCAGAUUUUUCAAAAAUUCAAAAAAAAAUUUUACCCCUCUAAAAAUGAUUCUAUUACCAUUUUUAUUAUUUUUCCUCUCUGGAAUUUCUGCUGAAACCCACAAAUUUCAUCACUGUUUUGACCGUUACAAUAACCACAAAAUUAUUGGGGGACGAUUUAUUAUACAACCCUUCCACAGCGAGUGGAGAAUUGGAGGAGGAGAAGCUCGUUGUAUUGGUAAAAAAAUUUAAAAAUUUGAGGCUAAUUAAAAAUGUCCAACAACCAAAAAUAUGACAAAAUGCCCAAUAACCAAAAAUAUGACAAAACGCCUAAUAACGAAAAAAUAUGACAAAACGCCCAAUAACCUAAAAUAUGACAAAACGCCUAAUAACCAAAAAAUUACAAAACGUCAAAAAUUCCCCUAUUUUAUCCAGAUUUCUGCAUCAGAUCUCUAGUAAGUUUAAGCUUUUUUAACUAAAAAUAAAAACAAUCCAAGAGCCGAUGUGCUUCAAUAGUAUUUGACAAACACGAACACAUUUGUCACUAUUUUUCUAUUGGUGGACUAGACAAUGUUGUACCCGAAAAAGGAUUUGUUUAUUUAAGCCUUAUAUCUAAAGAGUGUAUUGUUGGCUCAGAAGAAGAUAAAUCGGAAGCAAAUCAAGAGAACAGAAAAAAUACAACAAACACAACAACAUCAACAACCCCAAAAACAACAACAUCCUC